AUGAAAAUACCCGAGUUUGAAGGAGUUGUACAACAACCGCCCAUCUAUCGAUCAUCAAUAGAUUAUAAUCCAGUUUCAGUCCUCGACAGAUAUACUGUCUUAUUAAAAGAUGGUGAAACCACCGCAACCAUCUAUCCAAUUCAUUCCCCCCAGGAUCUUCCACCCGGAUUAUUAGCAUUCUUAUGUGAUGAAUUCAAUAUGGAAAUAGAAAGAGGUGAUACUCUAACAUUCUUUGAUACGUUAGAUAUUGAACAUUUCCAAAAUUAUUGGUUUGGCUCUUUUGCUGCUGUGAUGGUAUUAGGAGAUUCACCAACUUUAGAAGGGGCAAGACAAUGGGAAAAAGAAUGUUUAGGGACUUUCUUCAUCAAACCAAAUUACCCAGGUAGAUGUUCACAUAUCUGUACUGCUCAGUUUUUAGUUAAUGCCGGGAUUAGAGGAAAGGGAAUUGGUAGGACUUUAACUGAUUGUUUCUUACAAUGGGCUCCAAGAUUAGGAUAUAGUUAUACUAUGUUUAAUUUAGUCUUUGAAACCAAUGUAGCCGCUAGGAAAUUAUGGGAAUCCUUGAAUUUUAAACGAAUUGGAAGAAUUAAAGCAGCUGGGGUUUUAAAAGGUCAUGAACAACCUGUUGAUGCCGUGAUUUAUGGACGUGAUUUGGUAAAUACUGCCGAUCCUGAAGUUGGGGCUUAUAGGUUUGAUAAGAUUAAAUUUUAUUUAGAAACUGGAAGAUAUCCUGCCAUGGCUGAUAGACAAGAGAAAUCAAGAUUAAGAUCUUCUGCAUCACAUUAUAAUUUAGAAAAUGGUAAAUUGAUGCUUAAAGGUAGAGAAGUUGUUGGAGAUCCAGUUAGACAAUUACAAAUAUGUACUGAAGUACAUUUACAAAAUCAUGGUGGAAUAAAUAAAACUACUGCAAUAGUGGCAGAAAAAUAUCAUUGGAUAAGAAUUAAAGAUACUGUUGCUACUGCAGUUAAGAAUUGUCCUGAAUGUAGAGAUCCAAGUCGAGAAUAUACCAAUGCUCAUAAACGUGCAUCUGCAGUUCUAGCAGCUGCUGCGUUAUCAUCCUCAGCAGCAGCAUCAGCAACAGCAUUUGCGUCAUCAUCAUCACAAGGUUCUUCCACCACCGCCACAUCAAAUCCAAAGAAGAUGAUCAACCGAUUAAACACCAAUAGACACCGUAUCACCAAACCACAAUAUCAAACCCAAUCACCUCGUAAUGUUAUAAAAUCAGAUGAAGUAGAAGCCAUGGUUGUAGCAGCAGCCACCCAACUCCACAACAAUCGACAUCACCAUGUUGCUGCUUCCGAUUUGUUAAGUCAUGAAUUGGCAGGAUUGGAUGACAAUCUUAUUGCAGUUGUAGAGGAAGCACAACGGAAUCAACAACAACAACAACGGCUACAGAAGGAACGUGAAAGACAACAACAUCAUCAACCGCAGACGUAUGCUGAAGUUGCGGCACAAGCUGUUGCGAAUGAUACUGGACAUUUUGAAGAAUAUGGCUAUCAUCAUCAUCAUUAUAGUUCGGGGAAUAAUGAGGGGGAGAAUGGAAAUAAACGAGGUGAUCAUGAUGAUAUACCGGUUGAUCCAAGAGUUGAGUCUUAUAAUCACCAACAUGAGUCUGGUGAUGCCAUUGAGAUUGCUAGAGCUUUGAUUCAGACUGAGAAUGGAGAAAAUGAUGAUAAUGGUGGGAAAAUGAAACCAGAAACUGGUAGACAGGGCCAACCUGCUGAUGAUGCUGCCAAUUUAUUCCUUCACCAAGAGAAUGAUAGUUAA